AAAUGAAUAUUAACACUUUUCAAGAUCAAGAGGCUAUUUGCUUCGAAUUACUUUCUUGCAUUAUUAUUAUGAUUCCGUAUGCGAAGCCUGAGCAUCUUAAGGAAAAAAACUUGGCUUUGCGGAUCUUCAAUGUCUUUUAUGAUCCUCUGUCCACUGCAAGUCUCAGAAGCAAAUCUUUUGAGUGUUUAUUGGAGCUCGCAAAUUCACAUUGUGCUCAACACGUGACUCAAGUAGCUCAGUUGGCUCAUGAAACGAUGAACUUUCUUUAUGCCACGUGCAAGGGCGAGUUUUUAUUGGACGAUGAUAUUGAAGAAAUUUCCGGGAAGGCCAUCGAAUUUGUUAAAGUUUUUGUCACUAAAAAUUUUGAAUUUCUUUUACAGCAAAAAAGCGACUUUUUUCAAGCGCUUCUUCAGUGGACUUUCUUUCAACAAGAUUUAUUAUGUUUUCAACGUUCAUUGGAAGUUUGGAACUGCAUCGUAGAAGACCACUUUCGCCUCGAAUUGGCUUCAUUUUUCAAUCCGCUGUUCUUCCAAUUAUGCGAAGUUAUUAUUCAACGAGGCCAGUUUUCUACGAAUCCGCUUCUUAAAAACUUUUCUACCGGAGAAGACUUUUUUACAGCCAAUAACGAAGUGAGCUCCUUCAUUGUUGAGUGCGUCAACACUUUUACUGAAGUUUCUCAAAGUUUCGAGUUGGAGCUCUUCAUGGCUCUUCUCUUAAAGCUCCACGUGCUUUUUGUUCCUUUUUGCGAGGCUUAUGAAAAACUUUGUAGCGCCUUAAGCGAAUCAGCGCCUCCUCCGGGGUUUGCCAAUCAGUGUCGAGAUUUUUUCACUUGUCUGCUCUGCAUGGAACGACUUAUUAUGUCUUGCUCUUUUCCUGCAGAACUUCUCACUCAGUUUAUCUCAAGUCUCCUUGACACCCUCAAAUGUGGUCACCAAUCACUCGCCUUUUUAAAAAACGCCGCGUGCUCUCACGUACACGGGCAGGUUAUUGCCACCCUUGGCGCUUGUUGGUACCAAUUAGGAGCUUCUGGGGCGGCACUAAAUGAGGAACUCGUCCAGUUUUUGCAUAUUAUUCUUCAAUGCAUCUACCAAUUAUAUGAGACCGAUAGCGACCUAUCGCUGUUAGUUAAAGCUGCCACUUUUAUUCAGACGGUGGCGGCAACCACGAGGCCUCGAAAACUUUUUACGGACGGAAAUACCAAGAAGUUUGUUGAGUUUGUCGCUAUUGGCCAGCAGUUUCGGUUUCCUCCAAUUGUUGAGGAACUGCUUUUUCACAGCAUUACUUGCAUGUUUGUACUUCCUUGGCGGAACGUCAGCAGCGAUGCGCAGCUUUUUGAAGCAAGGGCCAUGGAAUAUCAAAAUUUUAUUGGUCCAACCCUGGAGAUUUACCAGCGUUUGUUGAGUAGUGUUUCCGCCAAUGACGUAAAGUUGAUUAAAACGAUUUCAAGAAUUUUAAAGGCGAUUGCGUAUGGCAUGCGCGAUUCACAAAAAACCGCGAAAGUUACUGUUUUUAGCAACCUUCAAAAAAUAUUUCCUGUCCUUUCUCAGUACCUUCAGCGUGCAGAUGUAGCGGAAGAAAGUUUUGAAUUGCUAUUGGCCUUUUUCCAAUCUAUGCUUUCUCUUAUGGGUGAAGAAACCGUUCAACAAAUUUUGACUACCGUAUUUGAACUUUUGAAACCGCAAAGAAGCACACAACUUCAGCCUGCUAUUCUUGAAAAUCUAUUGCUUUUGUUUUCCACACUUUGCCAAGACGGCUCUCGACGAUUCAAAAACUUUGUUCCUGCUAUACUAAAUUUAUGUCUGGAAACACUUCUUCCCUGGACACACAAUUGCAAGGGCGGCGCUGCCAAUGUGGAGUUGUGCUUUCAAGUGAUGUUGGAGGCCCUGAAUACCCAUUGGUCGAUGUUUUACUUGAAUCCUUCUGCUCCUCUUCAAAACGAAUCGAUAUUCAUUCAUCUUUUCGAGGCUGUCUACGCAGCACUGCGUAGUCCAGAACUAAAUUUAUUCAAACUUUGCUUAUUGCGUCUCAACGAACUGGACCAAAAAAGAAACUUGUUUAAGAAAAAAGAAUUUAAGGAGGCCAUGUCGGUUGUUUUUAUUCGUCAGUUGCUUAAUGUCCUCGUGGAGAAGUCGCAUGAUUUGGCAAGCGAUCGUAUUAUAGAGACAAUCUACUUUAUAGCUAAAGCAGAUACGAAUUUGUUCAGUAGCGGGGGGUUUGUCCGUGUAAUUGAAGAGUUGUGCCCUUUUAAUAUGCAACGCUCUUUAGAAAAUUCUGCAACUGUUAGCGAGUUUCUUACAGAUUUUCCCACUUUCAGUGAAAAGCUAAAGAACAUAGUUCAUGACAUCCGCUACCUGCACUUUUUAAAUUCGUAG